UUAUGUCCGGAGGGCUAAAUGCUGACGAUUCCAAGCUGGUGUUCGAGUCCAGCGAAGAAGUUUCGGUUGUCUCGACAUUUGACAGCCUUGGAUUGAAGGAGGACCUCCUGCGCGGCAUUUAUGCCUACAAUUUCGAGAAGCCAUCUGCCAUUCAACAGCGUGCCAUUCAGCCGAUUGUCAGAGGACGAGAUGUGAUCGCCCAGGCACAAUCUGGUACCGGAAAAACGGCCACUUUCUCAAUAUCCAUUCUUCAAUCUAUGGAUAUCUCUGUUCGCGACACUCAAGCUCUCGUCCUGUCGCCAACGCGCGAACUCGCCACUCAGAUCCAGUCUGUUGUGCUUGCUCUUGGGGAUUACAUGAAUGUUCAAUGCCACGCCUGUAUUGGAGGAACCUCUAUUGGAGAAGACAUCCGCAAGCUUGACUAUGGCCAGCAUGUUGUGUCAGGAACACCAGGGCGAGUAUACGACAUGAUCAGGCGCCGACACCUUCGUACGAAAACCGUUAAGAUGUUGGUGCUCGAUGAAGCAGACGAACUCCUCAACAAGGGUUUCCGUGAUCAAAUCUACGAUGUAUACCGCUAUCUACCCCCCAACACACAGGUGGUGCUCCUUAGUGCCACUUUGCCUUACGAUGUGUUAGAGAUGACCACAAAAUUCAUGACAGAUCCCAUCCGUAUCCUUGUAAAACGUGAUGAGUUGACGCUGGAAGGGAUCAAACAGUUCUUCGUUGCCGUCGAGAAGGAGGAAUGGAAGUUUGAUACGCUAUGUGACUUAUACGACACACUCACCAUCACCCAGGCCGUCAUUUUCUGUAACACGCGGAGAAAAGUUGAUUGGCUGACAGAAAAGAUGCGAGCCGCCAACUUCACCGUGUCAUCCAUGCAUGGCGAAAUGGCUCAAAAAGAACGCGAUGCGAUUAUGUCGGAGUUCCGUGGUGGAUCGAGCCGUGUCCUUAUCACGACAGACGUUUGGGCGCGUGGUAUUGAUGUACAACAGGUUUCUUUAGUGAUUAACUACGACCUUCCUUCCAAUCGUGAAAAUUAUAUUCACCGUAUUGGUCGCUCUGGUCGUUUCGGGCGCAAGGGAGUUGCUAUCAAUUUCGUGACCAUUGAGGACGUCCGGAUAUUGCGUGAUAUCGAACAAUACUAUAGCACACAGAUCGAUGAAAUGCCUGUUAAUGCUGCAGAGUUGAUUUAA